AUGUCGGCUAUCAAGGAGAUCACCAGCGUCGAAAGCUGGGAGGAACAUGUCGCAUCGCUGCCGCCCUCGACACUUUUAAUCGUCUCGUUCCACGCCCCAUGGGCAGCGCCUUGCGCGCAGAUGGCGAACGUCCUUUCGACCCUAGCGAGCGAAUACCCGGUAUCCGAGCCGCCCUCCACCUCAUGGGUAUCCAUCAACGCCGAGGAGUUGCCAGACAUCAGCGAGGCCUACAACGUGACGGCUGUUCCGUUUCUUGUGCUCAUCCGAGGUGGGAAGGUCCUCGAGACAGUCAGCGGGAGUAGCGCGGUCAAGGUCCGGAAUGCGAUCGAGAGCCACGCGAGCAAAACGGGAGUAGUAGCCACGGCCGAUACGGGCGCCGCUGUCACGACUGGCAACGCCGGGGGCGAAAUUGAGACCGAAGACCCAGAGAAGAAGAAGGAAGAGCUUUUUAAGCGUCUCGGCGAUCUGGUCAAGGCCGCGCCGGUCAUGCUAUUCAUGAAGGGCACGCCCAGUGAGCCAAAGUGCGGCUUCUCCAGGCAGCUUGUGGGAAUCCUGCGAGAGAAUGCAGUCAAGUACGGCUUUUUCAAUAUCCUAGCCGAUGACGAAGUUCGGCAGGGCCUGAAGGAAUUUGCCGACUGGCCAACAUAUCCACAGCUUUGGGUUAACGGGGAGCUUGUCGGCGGGCUUGAUAUCGUCAAAGAAGAACUAAGCAACGACCCUGAUUUCCUGAAGCCCUUCAGCGUCAAAGCUAACGGAGAUGUCUCCGCUGCGGCAUCGUGA